AUGUGCGCGGUUGACUAUAGCAGAGGUCAACAUCGUCAGCAACCAGCACCAGCACCAACACCAGCAACGCCUACACACACAAACCAAGGAAGAGACUCACUAGAUUCUGGUCAGCUUGCUCUUGAGGAUGAGGAAGAUCACGAAUUCGACGGCGAAGACGAUGAUGGCCGUCGCGAGCGAGGCGAGAAAUGUCGAGAUCGAGAUGCCGCUGGAGCGCUGCCCCGUUCCGCUCUGCUGGUCGAUGGCGUCUCCCACGCCGGCCAUCCUGCUGGUUCUCACGGAGACGAGCCUGGAUAA